AUGGCUCCCGUCAAGGUUGGCAUCAACGGUUUCGGUCGUAUUGGCCGUAUCGUCUUCCGCAAUGCCGUUGAGCACGACGACAUCAACAUUGUUGCCGUCAACGACCCCUUCAUUGAGGUCCACUAUGCUGCGUACAUGCUGAAGUACGACUCCACCCACGGCCAAUUCAAGGGCACAAUCGAGAUUGAGGAGGAUGGAUUGGUCGUCAAUGGCAAGAAGGUCAAAUUCUACCAGAAGAAGGACCCCUCCGAGAUCCCAUGGGCCGAGACUAGCGCAUACUACAUUGUCGAGUCCACCGGUGUCUUCACCACCACCGAGAAGGCUAAGGCUCACUUGAAGGGUGGUGCCAAGAAGGUUGUCAUCUCUGCUCCUUCCGCUGAUGCUCCCAUGUACGUUAUGGGUGUCAACGAGAAGACCUACAAGCCCGAUGUUGAGGUCAUCUCCAACGCCUCCUGCACAACCAACUGCCUUGCUCCCCUUGCCAAGGUUGUCAACGACAACUUCGGCAUCGUCGAGGGUCUUAUGACCACCAUCCACUCCUACACCGCCACCCAAAAGACCGUUGAUGGUCCCUCCGCCAAGGAUUGGCGUGGAGGUCGCACUGCUGCUCAAAACAUCAUCCCCAGCAGCACCGGCGCCGCAAAGGCAGUCGGAAAGGUCAUCCCGGAGCUCAACGGCAAGCUUACUGGAAUGUCGAUGCGUGUCCCAACCUCCAACGUUUCCGUUGUUGACUUGACCUGCCGUCUCGAGAAAGGUGCUACCUACGAUGAGAUCAAGGCUGUUAUGAAGAAGGCCGCAGAGGGCGAGCUCAAGGGCAUACUCUCCUACACUGAGGAUGACAUCGUCUCCACCGACUUGAACGGCGAUACCCACUCCUCCAUCUUCGAUGCCAAGGCUGGUAUCUCCCUCAACAAGAACUUCGUCAAGCUGGUCUCAUGGUACGACAACGAGUGGGGUUACUCUCGCCGUGUCCUCGACCUUCUCGCAUACAUUGCAAAGGUCGAUGGCGAGUCCAAGUAG